CCAACAUGUCGGCCUACACAAAUGGACACACACACCAGUCGGAGCGGAUAGCUCACACCGAAGAGAAGCACCUCCCAGGAGGAUGGGUGGUCCUCAAGUUCGGCGGUACAAGCGUCGGCAAGUUUCCGGGGAAUAUAGCCGACAUCGUCAAAGCUGGCGUUGAGAAAAACCGUGCCGCUAUAGUCUGCUCCGCGCGCAGCAACAACACAAAGCUCGAGGGAACUACCAACCGCCUACUUCGUGCCGCUCGAGCUGCCGAGAGACCCAACCACCGCGGCUAUGACGAAAUCGUCGAAGCCAUCCGUGCCGACCACAUCCAGGCGGGCCAGGAUAUCUUGAAGAACCCGGAAAUUCUGGCUUCUUACACAGAAGAGGUCAAUGCCGAGUGCGAGAGCCUGACCAAGAUCUUGGAGGCCGCUCAGCACUUGGAGGAAGUCACCAGCCGUGUCGAGGACAAGAUCAUCAGCAAAGGCGAGAAACUAAGCUGUCGCUACAUGGCCGCACUGCUCAACGACCGCGGCACACCCGCCCAAUUUGUCGAUCUUAGCGACAUCAUCAAGCCCAACGUGCCUAUCAAGGGAGGACUCCAGGAAAAGUUUUACAAGGACCUGGCUGCAGACCUCGCCAAGGAAGUGGAAGCUUGUGGUGACAAGGUCCCGGUUAUUACGGGCUUCUUUGGCAAUGUUCCGGGUGGCCUCUUGACCUCUAUUGGACGUGGCUACACGGAUCUAUGUGCUGCCUUGGUUGCCGUUGGUAUUCAGGCGAAUGAGCUCCAGGUCUGGAAAGAGGUGGAUGGUAUCUUCACUGCAGACCCGCGCAAAGUGCCCACGGCUGCACUGCUCGCGACCGUCACUCCUGCAGAAGCUGCCGAGUUGACAUUCUACGGGUCCGAGGUCAUUCAUCCCUUCACCAUGGAGCAGGUCAUUCGCGCCCGCAUUCCCAUUCGCAUUAAGAACGUCAUGAAUCCGCGCAACUCCGGAACAGUCAUCUUCCCCGACAACAUGAAAGAUCUCGAUAGCCGUGCACCUUUGCGCGAUACAGCACUCUUCCGCACUCGCUCCUCGAGCCUCCUUACUCGGCUUGAGGGCCCUAAGCGACCCACGGCGGUGACGAUCAAGCACAACAUUGUCGUGCUCAACGUGCAUAGCAACAAGCGCACACGUGCCCAUGGUUUCUUGAUGAAAAUCUUCAACGUGCUCGACAACUGGCACCUGUCCGUUGAUCUCAUCUCUUCAUCCGAGGUCCACGUUUCCAUGGCCUUGCACUCUGAGUCAGCCCUUCUUAGCGGCGGAGGCGAAUAUGAAUACAAGAUCCAGUCCAAGGACCUUCAGGGCGCGGUCAAUGAUCUCAGCGCCCUUGGCGCCAUCGACAUCGUGCCUGACAUGGCUAUUGUGAGUUUGGUGGGAAAGCAGCUCAAGAACAUGCUUGGUAUCUCUGGUAGAUUCUUCAGCGUCUUGGGCGAAAACAACAUCAACAUCGAAAUGAUCUCGCAAGGCGCCAGUGAGAUUAACAUAUCUUGCGUCAUUGACGAGCGCGAAGCUGAUCGCGCUCUCAAUGUUGUACAUACCAACCUUUUCACUUUCUUAGACUAGACAUCCCAUCUGC